GACGUUAAACUAACCGUCACGUCUCCAGCUGCUCCAGCAUCAUCACCACGGAUGCUCUGUGGUAGCUGACGCUACAUCAGUCGGAAGAAACCGGUCUCCGAAACAAACCUUAAGAAUUUAAAUGGCAGUUGCGAACUAACGAAGGCUUUGGACUUGUUUCAGAUUGAACAAAGAAACAUUUCGUUAUAAACAUAAUCAAAUAACAGUAUUAAAUAUAUAUUACCUAUAAAGAAAAGAGACAACCGGGAGACAAAGAACAGCAUUUAGUGAACAAUCGGGACGAACAUGGACGCACUAUUUAAAGGAUUCUCGAAAGCCAAGGACGGGGUUGUGGCAGCGGCAGAAAAGACAAAGCAAGGAGUCACUGGCGCUGCUGAGAAAACGAAAGAUGGAGUUAUUUUUGUCGGCACCAAAACAAUGGAUGGAGUUACUACUGUUGCCGAGAAAACCGUGUCCGGGGUGUCUCAGGUGGGUGGAGCUGUUGUAACUGGUGUGACAACCGUCGCCCAAAAGACUGUGGAAGGAGCUGGUAAUAUUGUUGCAGCAACCGGAUUGGGCAAGGGCACAGCCAAGCAGGAUGAAGGUGAGACAUCUCAGGACAACCCUGCUGAGAGCACAGGAGACUCACAGGUGGACCCUGACAACAACUCUGCAACUCAGGAUGAUUCUUAAGGGUAGCAGACCCAGUGCAACAAACCAACGACAAAAUUAAAAAAUCAAUGACCGAAACAUUCCAUGUCGUGCAAGAUCACACUAUGCCCAGCCUCGGUUGUCUCUAAAGUCUGUGCUAUGUGUAGUGUGUCACAGUCUUCUGUCAGCUGUGAGUGGAGUUCCUGUGCCCUCCUGGACUGGCUGCCAUGUCAUGUGAUUCCCUCCCACUGGGAUGGCCACCUGGUCCGGGGGGUACUGUGUGUUCUGUGGACUUUGUGGCUUUAAGAUAAAUACUGAAAGAGCAAUUUAAUUAAAAACAACAACACCUAAGUGUCUAAAAUUGUAUCCAGUGAAAAAAGAAUUAAAAAUGAAAUAUUUUUGUCUGUGAUUUGUCACUGUGGCUGAUUGAAUGCAGUACUGGAGUAUACGUGUACCUCAGUUUUUUGUUUUGUAUGUUUUGUUUUGUAUGUUCAAAUAAUUGGGCAGUGUUUUUCAAACAAAGUUGUGUACAUUUAAUUAAGCAUGGAGUCAUGCAUAUUAACCAGCUGUGGCAUUGUUUAAUUACUAUUGAAUAUAAAUAGUAUAUUAGCUCAAUAAAAAAAAAAAAUAU